AAUAAAUAAUAAAUAAUAAAAUUUCAUACUUAUACAUAUAGCUGAUGAUGGUGGAUUUGAAAUGCGAUCCUAUUUGAAUAAAAUUUGCCAAACACCUAAUUUAGAUAAUUUGGCAAAAGAAAGUUUAUUAUUUAAUAAUGCAUAUUCUUCAGUUAGCAGUUGUUCUCCUAGUCGUUCCUCUUUACUUACUGGUUUACCAAGUCAUCAAAAUGGAAUGUAUGGUCUUCAUCAUGGAAUUCAUCAUUUUAAUUCAUUUGAAACAGUUCAAAGUUUACCAAAAAUAUUAAAGAAAAAUAAUAUAAGAACAGGUAUUAUUGGUAAAAAGCAUGUAGGUCCAAGCAAUGUUUAUCCAUUUGAUUUUUCACAAACAGAAGAAAAUAAUUCUAUACUUCAAGUUGGUCGAAAUAUUACUAAAAUUAAACUUUUAGUUAGAGAAUUUUUCUCUCAGAAUAAAACAAACCCUUUUUUUUUAUAUAUUGGAUUUCAUGAUCCUCAUCGAUGUGGUUAUACACAUCCAGAAUAUGGAAAUUUUUGUGAAAAAUUUGGUAAUGGAGAUAUUGGUAUGGGUACUAUUUCUGAUUGGAAUCCAAUAUAUUAUCAAUGGGAACAAGUAAAAGUUCCAUAUUUUGUACAAAAUACAGAAGCAGCUAGAAGAGAUAUUGCUGCUCAAUAUACAACCAUUUCUCGUUUAGAUCAAGGUAUAUUUAUUAAAUAAAAUUAAAUUAGAUAUUUAAAUUAUUAGAAAUUAAUAUGUUAACAAAAAUA